CUCGUUGUGAGACGUAACGACAAACGAAAGGAACGAAGAGGCAAAACAUGCAGUGGCGUGUCUAACGACAUUCUGUGAUUUGUUGGAUGUGCCCCACCCAAUAAUGCAGCAUAAGUUGUGCCACUUACGGUUUAGGAUUGCUAACGGUAGAUUGAGUCGUGGUUUGGCAAAAUGUUGGCUAUGCGGCCAUCAUUGGAUGUGUAGGGUGUGCAGGAGAUCCUUUAACCUUGUACCAAGACUGAUGAUUGCUGGUGCAAGGCCUUUGUUUUGUUUGAAGAACAACUCUGUCACUCAUCACUGCUGAACUGCAGACAUUCUGUUUGAAAGUAGUGAUUGACUCCAUCAUCUAUGGAGGAGAAUGUGAGCCCUGAGCUCUCUCUAGCUCCUGAGCCAGAGCAGAGCCAGGACCGCAUGGAUAGCUGCUCUCAAGGUUUUGGAGACGGGGAUACAGAGCAGAAAGAACAGUUUCAUACUGAGAGCGAGAAUGCGGCCAAAGAGACACUAGAGGAGCCGGACAAGUCUUUCAGGGCCAACAGUGAAGUAAAGAAGACUUGGGCUUUCCGACGGUCCACUGUUGCAAAGAGAGAGAUGCCAGUGGAGGCAGCAACAGACGGCUCUGAAAACCGCUGUCCUGUACGGCGCAGUGGCAGGCAGUCUAAGCGAACUGACAAACUAGAGGAAUUCCUCUUGACUGCCAAGAGAGGGUCAAGAAAGAGCGCCCCUCCUAGUCUGGAAAGCGGUGACCCUCCCUCCCAAACCCCAACUGAUGCAGAGACUGCCUCAGAGGCCAGCUUUGAUGGUAACGCUGACACCAAGGCUGCGGAGGACAAGGUAGAAUCCCCAGAGAGGAAGACAAGAAGUAGUGCAAGGAAGCAGACCCAGAGGAGAGGUCGAGGUGGCAGACAGACACGGGGAAGCAGUGGAGUGACAGUCAAAGAUGAGGGAAGCUCUGACAAUGAGGAGGAUAGCAAAGACGCCACCAAGGCGGACCAGUUACCAGAUAAAGAUGAGGAGAAAGAAGAUGGAAAGGGUGAUGCCAUUCCUGAAGAUGGAGGGAGCACUAAUGCAGCACAGCCUCAGCCAGAGCAGGACUCUGAGAGGAAAGAGGUUGUUGAGGAGAAGAACCAACAUGGAGAUGAAAAUGACAAAGUGAAUGAUAAAGAGUCUGAUGAGGAUAGCAAAGACAAACCCGCAGCGGGGUUGGUGAAACGUGGACCAAUAAGAACCUAUGUCAACAAAAAGAGGGCAGCCAAUAAGAACACUACCCCUGUUAAAGGUCCUGCUCCUGCCAUCAAGACCCCCACUGUUGUCAAGAGGGAGAUCAAGCCCAAAGCCGCCCAAGCUGCUGGAAUGACACGCAUGGCACAGGCACAACAGGCCGAUGAUGAUGAGAAUGACUCUUCAAUGUCUUCAUCUUCUUCUUCGUCAUCAUCAUCAUCCAUUGAUUCUGAUGAGGGAGGUUAUGACCCCAAUGCACUUUACUGCAUCUGUCGGCAGAAACACAACAAAAGGUUCAUGAUCUGCUGUGACCGCUGCGAGGAGUGGUUCCAUGGAGAUUGUGUUGGCAUUACUGAGGCCCGCGGGCGCCUGAUGGAGAGAAAUGGGGAAGACUACAUCUGUCCUAAUUGCACCGCUAAGAAAAACCAGGUGGUCAGACCUGCCACGUCUGUCCUCUCUGCAAGCACAGAUAUUGGGAAACCCAAAGCUCUGACUUCUGCUCACGCUGUUCUUGCUAUGACGUCUGCUGAGAAAACCAACACCAGUGGGCCAGACGUCAGUCAGCCGGCUGCUCAGGCUUUGGCGGCACCUCCGCCCUCCACCACUGGAACAGAGGACAUGGGCAUCAAAGGCAGGAUAGAAAAAGCUACUAAUCCAACUGGGAAAAAGAAGAUAAAGAUCUUUCAGCCGACCGUACAGCAGCCAGCCCAAGCCCAAGCAGCCCCGUCAGUGCCAACCAUGGAAAAGAAGGCAGCAUCCACAGCAGAGCAGAAAGCACUACCGGACACGGAGCAGAAAGUGGCGUCAAACGUGGAGGUGAAUACAACACCAACAGUGGAGGUUUCAGAGGAGAAGGCCGGGCAGAAGGCUGAGGAGGAGUCUUCCCUUCCCAAAUGUAUCGGGCCUGGCUGUGAGAAUAAUGCCCAGCCAGACUCUGUGUACUGUGGCAACGACUGUAUCCUAAGGCAUGCUGCUGCGGCCAUGAAGUCCAUCACUGAUGUCAAAGAUCCCAAGCAGAAGGACAAGGCCAAGGCUCAGAAAACCAAGUCUACACCAAAGAGGAGCGUCGCUGGUGGGAAGAGGACGCAGAAGAAGACCCAGGAGGAGUCGGACAGCGAGGAAGACUACAGUCCUGAUCCAGAUGAGGACAGCGAAGACGAGCAUGCUGAGGAACACCCGCCCCCGCCGGCCACUGCGUCCUGGUCCAGCGACCAUAAUUACAUUGCAGUAACACCAGAAAAGACUACACCCAUAUCACCAACAGUGUUAAACAAAAAGUCCCCUUCUAAAGAAGAGAAGCAAAGUGAGAAGGAACAGAAAGAGAAAGAACCAACCCCGACUCCUGAGAAACCAUCCCUGGCGUCCACAACACCAGUCAAAGGAAAGAAGAAGUCCCCGGCCACUAAAGGGUCCAAGGUUUCCCCAAGGGGCAGGAAGCCUUCCGCUCAGUCUCCCAGCUCAAAGAUGUCCAAGAAAGCUACGAUACCUCAGAGUAAAACCACUACAAAGUCCAAGAAACCAGGUCCGAAGCCCGUCCCUACCCCGUCUCCCUUUCCCCCAGGUCCGAUCCACGUCACAGGAGCGCUGAGGGUCACCAAGUCCAACUUUACCAUUCCUAAGAAGCAGCCACAACAAAAGGAUUCUCCAUCCCAUAGCAAGUCAUCCCCGUCCUCCAGAGUCCCAUCAUCUCCUGUUUCCUCAGCUCCACCCACUCACUCCCCAUCCUCCAGACCCCCACAUCCAGCUGCGUCGGUGCCCCCUGCGUCCCCCAUGCCACCGCCACCCAACAACCAGAUGCGAACAAACAUCCGCCGCUCGCUGACAGACAUCCUCUAUAAGAGGGUGAGCGACAGUGAUGAUUUGAAAAUGACUGAGAGCGAGGUGGCAAGGCUGUCAGUUGCCAUUGAAAAGGAAAUGUUCAACCUUUGCCUUAGCACUGACAGCAAGUACAAGAACAAGUACAGGUCCCUCAUGUUCAACCUGAAAGAUCCUAAAAACAAAGGCUUGUUCUACAGGGUGGUGGGUGGCGAGGUUAGUCCCUUCAGACUGGUGAGACUAAGUGCUGAAGAGUUGCUUUCCAAAGAGAUAUCUGAGUGGAAGAAGCCAGAUGCUCCUGAGGCCCAGUCUCCCAGUUCAAGGGCCCAUUUGGGGCAUUCCAGACUGGGCAACAGGCAUGACUCUAGCUCACAUAGUAUGGAUAUGGAGGAUGCUCCACCAACAUCUGAUGGAGAUGUAUGUAUCUCUGCCACCACUUCAUCUGCUCGCAUGGCUUCUGCUGCAGACCAAGAUGACUCCACUCCUUCAGCUUCGGCUCAGUCCUCUGCUGCGGAGGGGAACACUGGCAGCAGCAUGCCAGACAUUUUCAGCAACAUGCUCAAAGACACCACUGCUGAACACAGGACUCAUCUGUUUGACCUUAACUGUAAAAUAUGCACAGGUCAGAAGACAGAAGAUGAGCCUGCAGCUAAGAAAGCCAAACUGGCCAAGAAGCCUGAAACUAAACCUCCGAGACAGGAGCUGCAUUCAUCCAGGUCAGGGGACGUCUCCCCUGUCAGCCAAACACAGGUCCCCGCAGCUUACCAGCCCCAGGACCCUGUAGCCUACCAACACGCAGUCCUUCCAUCCCACCAGUCUAACAUGGAACCAGCUGUCACAGAACCACAGCCGCAGCUUGACCUCAAUAUGAUGGUACCUCCAGUCCAGGCCCCUGCAACCAUUGCCCCAACUGUGUCUUCUGUCAGCAUCACCCGUAGAGACCCACGCAUGGCCAGGCACAGCUCAGGUGUGACCGUCACCCACACUACUCCAGACAAACCCAUCAACAACUCAUCAGAGCCGCUACCAGCUCCUGUUAGUGCUGCAGUGGAGGUUGCACCCAAGGCACCGCUGCCAAUGCCCCCAGCUCCACCGUCUUCAGUAGCUGUUUCCAAACUAGGGAAAACAAGUACAUCUGACCCUCCUCUUGAGGGAGAGACAGCAAUCUUCCUCCAUGGUCAAGAGAAGAUUUGGAAAGGAUUAAUUAACAUGCAGUCUGUGGCCAAGUUUGUUACCAAAGCUUAUCUGGUGUCUGGAUCCUUUGAGCACCUGAAGGAGGAUUUGCCAGACACCAUUCAUGUUGGGGGACGGAUAUCUCCAAGCACAGUGUGGGACUAUGUUGGAAAACUGAAAACCUCACUCUCCAAGGAACUGUGUCUGAUCCGUUUCCACCCAGCAACAGAGGAAGAAGAUGUGGCAUAUGUCUCUCUCUUCUCUUACUUUAGCAGCAGGAAACGAUUUGGUGUGGUGGCUAACAACAAUCGGCGAAUCAAAGACCUCUAUCUCAUCCCACUGGGCUCAAAGGACCCAUUACCCUCCAAACUCUUACCGUUUGAUGGGCCAGGGCUUGAACCAGCUCGUCCUAACCUGCUCUUGGGGCUGCUGAUCUGCCAGAAGGACAGAAAGCGAGCUGCUGCUCCGUUGGAAACUGUGGAAAAAAGGUCCAAGACUGAAACUAAAGAUGCUGACGACACUGGCCUUCCAAAACCAUCUCCUUUAGUCAGAGCAGAAAGAAGUACACGACAGAGUCUUGAAGUCCCCUUUAGCACAACUCCUCCAGGGUCACCUCCACCCAGCUCUGAGAGCUCAAGCAGCACAGUGGCCACCUCCUCAGUCCUUUCCUUCUUGUCUUCUGUCAAGUCUACAGCCACAUCCACUACCACAGGCAAGGACUCCCCAUCCUCAUCGAGCUCUGUUGCUUCCUCUGCAGCAACUGCCACUCCUCUUCAGACCAUUCUCAACACUCUCUUUGGGAAGAAAAAGCAUGACUCAGAAGCUUCCAACUCCCCGUCUGAUCAAGGCGGGGAACACUCCCUCCCACCCCCUAUGAUGCUUGACCCCAUUGUGCAGCAGUUUUCUAAGGAGAAACAGUUGGAGGAAGAUGAAGAUGACAGACCGUACGACCCGGAAGAAGAGUAUGACCCCAGUAGGGGCUACAAUGUGCCUAAGAAGCCCGUUGAGUUAGUAAGCAAACCUGAAGUCUCUAAGCAGCCUGAGGUGGCAGCAAAUGAAGGAGAUGAUGUAGCAUAUGACCCAGAGGAUGACUCAAUUUUUGAUGAUGUCAGAACUGUAGUACCAAGUCAAACUAAGGUUGCAACUGACCCUUUGACUGAUCCACAGAAGAUAUUGGAGAGCCUUAAACAGAUUGGAGAGCAGACAUUCCAGAAACAGGGAGAACAGCAAAUAUCAUCUACAGGGACACCUGUUACCUUAUCAGCACUUCCAGACACACUCUUAACUCAACCUACCAAAUCCCUUUUAGCCAAUACUCAGCUACUGCAGCUUGGCAAAAAGGUUGAGGAACUAGUGAAGUCUUCAUCGGUUGCUCCCUUGAUCAACCAAAGGAGAGAUCCCCGACAGAGCAGGGAUCCUCGCCAGGCUGCGGCUGGCUGGAAACAGACUGAUGAACCUGAGGAACAAGAAGAGACAUCUGCUCCAUUGGCAGAUUCUACUCCUGUCUCACAACCUGUGGUUCACGAGCCUGAGCUGUCUAAUGUAACUGAACUCCCAGACUCCUCACAAGGCCCAGAGAUACCACUGCCUCACGAGGAGGUGAAAAGAGAAACACUACCCUUCAUGGAGUCGAGUGAGGCGGAGGUGGCAAUUCCAUUAUUAGGGGAGGAGGUGGAACCUGAUAUGGAGGUCAACUAUAUGGAUGAGAAAGAAGUGAAAACUGAGGAAGCUGAGCCAAUCAAGGCAGAAACAGAAAUGGACAAGUACAGUAUUUGGCCAAAUGCUGCCAGUAUUUUAAAAGCUGGUGAGGACUCAGAGUAUGAAGAGAAUAGCCAGGAUGCACCUACCACAAGUUAUUAUAAUGAGCCUGCACACACCUCCACGAUAACUUCGACAAUCCCAGUACUCACACAGAGCUCAGCAAUGGUUGACACUCUCCGCUCACUUGAGUCCCAUCACAUGCCACAUCACAUGUCAGCGUCAAGCUUCGACAGCGAGUACAGAUCUCCAGCUGACAUUCCCCCACCAUCCAACUUCCCCCCGCCUCAUCCGAUGCAGGGACAGAACCUGAUAAUUAGGCCUCCGCCGAUGUCUAUGCCACCACCCAUCCAGGGUCUUCCUCCAAUGUCAGGUCCCCCUCCUAUGCAGGGACCCCCUCCACCCAUCCAUGUUCCUCCCCCUGUGCGUGGUCCUCUCCCUAUGCAGGGUGACAGUAGCCAGCAAUAUGGUCCACCUCCGACUGCAUACCCUCCCUAUCAGAAUCAGUGGCCAGGCACCCAGCCACCAUCACAGCAGCAGCAACCUCCUCCUGGACCACCACCUCAGAAUAUCAUGCCACUUCGAGGACCACCACCACCAUUCCCUCCAAUAACCCAGAGGGGCCCUACUCCUCAAAUGUUUGAUCCUUCUGUUCCCCCACAGUACGCUGGACAGCAAGGCCUCCCUCCAGGCCUUCCCCCACCUCCUACCUUUGAUGGACAGAGCAGUUUACCUCCACCAAGAUUCACUGGUCCUCCUCCACCAUUUAAUUUUCCUGCAAACAGAGGUCCUCCUCCACCUUUUACAGGGCCACCUCCCAGUCACUUUGAAAACAGACUCCCACCUCCAUCCCACUUCCCAGGCCCCAGAGGUCCUCCGCCAUCUCAGUAUGGUGACCAUGGGACUCAACCUCCACUAGACCAAUCUCGAGGCCCUGCAGAACAGUAUAUCAAAGAAAGUUCUAGCUCUUUUAAACUAAAUGUGGACCAGAUUCCAAACACUAUCCAUAUUUUUAAAGACAAUCAGGGUCCUCCAUCAGGUCCAGCAUACCGGGGACCUCCACCUAACCAGUAUGAGGACAGAAGAGGCCCACCUUCUAGCAGCGAGAUGAGCGGACAGCACUACAGUCCACAUAACCAAUAUGGGAGCUCCAGACCACACUCAUCACCACCACAUCGAGGAUCUUUUGAUGAGCACCGAGGUCCUCCCCCGCAGGAGGGUAGACCCCACCCUUCUCAGCGUUUUGGAGGAUCAGAACGGUACCGCUUAGACAGGCACUCUGAUGAGGCUAGACCUGUUCGCCAUAGCGGGCCUUUACUACCGACACCUUCAGAGGCUCCCAUAGGCCCUCCAAGUCGCAUGGGAGCCCACAGUCCCGACAUGCACCGGGACGACCCCUGGCGCCGCCACUCUCCUGAAAUGAGAAGGAGGAGCACCACCAGUCGAGAAGACUCAGAACCUCGCAUCGGAGAUCGUUUGAGCCGCUUUGAAGGAGGGCACAGAGAACCUCUUCCUGGUCCUGUACCAACCUCUGAAGAGAGACAGAGGGAGCUGUCUGAGGACCGCCGGAGGGAAAGAGAGCGGGAAGUCUCCCACACCGGCAGGCCAUCAUGGGACAGGAGCCAGGGCAAGCGGUGGAGCAGAGAGCGAGAGUGGGAUAGAGCCAGAGAAAAGGACCGUGAUCUCGAGCGCAGCCGAGAAAGAGAUCCAGAGCGUGGCCGAGAAAGAGAUCCGGAGCGUGGCAGAGAAAGAGAUCCAGAGCGUGGCAGAGAAAGAGAUCCAGAGCGUAGCCGAGAAAAAGACCGGGAUCCAGAGCGUAGCCGAGAAAAAGACCGGGAUCCAGAGCGUAGCCGAGAAAAAGACCGGGAUCCAGAGCGUAGUCGAGAAAGAGAACGGGAUCCGGAGCGUGGCCGAGAAAGAGACCGCAGCAGAGGGAGGGAGAGUGAGAGGCACAAGGAGACAGAGGGAGAGCGACACAGGGAUCAAGACACAGACAAAAGGAGAGACCGGGAGAGAGACAGAGCCAGGGAUUCUGACAGGAGAGACUACGACCGCGACAGAGGGAGAAACCGUGAUCGAGAGCGUGAACGUGACCGUGAGCGAGACCGAGACAGGAGACGGGACAGAUCCCGAAGCAGGGAACGAGACCGGGACAGAGACCGUGGGAAAGACCGGGGCAGAGACCGAGACAGGGAGAGGGAGAGAGAUAGAGACAGGGACAAAGACAGGGAUCGUCGGGACAGGAGCAGAAGCAGAGACAAGAAAGAGGAGAAAAAGGACAGUAAACAUGAUGCAUCCAAGGAAAGUGAUAAAACUGCAGAAAGUGGCAAGAACAUGUCCUAGUCUCUGUUUUAUGGACAUGACAUUAUGGUUUGAAGGACACUUCAAUCUUUGAACGGUUGAAAUCCAGUUGUAUCACUGUAAAUGUAGAGCAGUAUUUCGUUAAAUUUCCACAGUUGUGUUCGUACUAGAAAAAAAGUUUGACAAUGUUUGUAUUCUUUUUGUCACUUAAAGGUUUCUAACUUUGUUUUAUUACAUUUGAAAACAAAAAAAAACAACUGAAGGCCAUCUAAGUUGCUUGUGUACCAGAUGUAUUAAGUGGGCUACUGAGUCCUAUGACAUGUACCUUUCUCCUCUCUAAGCAGUCUUUUUUUUUUUUUUUAAGAAAACAAUAAUGUAACUGAGUAACACACCAUUUGCAAUAUGUAAAUAUGAAUGUAUUUGUGUAUAUACUGAUGUUUUUAAUCAUACUUUUCUAAGUAGAGAAAAUAAAAGCCAUAUAUCUGAGAUGGAUAAUGUGAAAGUUAAGGAAUCAUUGUUUACACACAAAUGUGUGUUUAUAUGUCCAGCAGCAUUGAACUUAAACGCUCCAGUUAUCUACGGUAAUACAUCCCAUCAAUGGUUGUUAAUGAAAUGUUCUGAUUUUGUUUCAGCUCAACCAAUUAAACCUGUUUGAUGACUUA